ACAUUGUAGCAGCGCAACUAAGUGUUUGUCAACUUGCACAUCAUUUUAGAAUAUUCUUCCGCUACUUUAUUUACUUUUACGAGGCAAUGAGUCAGAUGCUGGGCAAAGGAAAGCCGACUAUCAACGAGACUUGCCGGUCUACCUCCAAUCGCCAUGUCGAGGGAAAGCCGAGGCAAAAGCUCGUGUACAGUUUUAGGAAACUGUUAGAUAAAGUCGUUGCGCGAUCUUCUGCCAGUGCUGGUACUGGCAUUGAAAAUGAAACUGAUGGUGGCGAACAGGUGGACAGCGUCCCAAGACAAGCUGAACAUCGAAUAUCAGACCUGAACAACUAUGAUUCCUUUAACGACCAGUCAGAAAAUCAGCUGUGUACUGUUAUUACAGAGCAGUUGGAGUAUCUUUUUACAUCUCACGGGAAGAACAAUCUUGAUAGUCAUCUGUUGGUGCCCUCUGACCUCUCGUCUAGAAUUGCCCAAGACGUCCUCCGUGUGUCACAGAAUGAGCCGUGUGGAAUUCGGGGAUGUGAACUGUUUAUCACCCUCCAAGACAAAUCCACGUGCCGGAAGAUGGGUGUGAUAGAUUGUGAUCCAUCAACAGUGGCCACAUUUGAACUGUAUUUGACUGUGAAAGUAGACAGAAGGCCAUCAGCAAUAGUGAAGAGUAUGCUGAUCUCAUUACAAGGCCGUCUUGUUCAUGGUAAUUCAAACUCAACAAAGGUGCUACAUCCAGAAUAUCAGCUGACCAAAAGAAAACUGCACCGCCCAAACUGAUAGUUUUCACUGUGCAUCAACUUAUGUGGACUGUUCUGCAGUGCUUGUUUUCCCAUAUCAGAACACUGGCUGUUUCAUUGAUCUGUGGACCUCUGCAGCUGGGUUGUAUAUAUACAGCAGUAUUAACAUGUUAUCACCUAUUUUGCAUAUAAUUGUUACAUAGCUGCCUAGUCAGUAUUGCGUGUUUGUGUAAAUGAACUGUAGUCCGCGAAUGUGAAGAGUUGAACGGGUUUUGAAUGAAUUUUGAACAGUCAUUUUACUAUUUUUGUAGGAGUUACUGUUUUAUACCAUGUAACUGUAAAUAAACACAUGUAUGAGAUUUAAUGGAAAAUAAUCUGUGAUACAGUUUUUAUGUGUAUAUAUACUUAUAUAUUUUUGCAAAACAAAAGGUGUCUGGUCUCCAUGUCUUGCUUGUUGUAUGGGAGAUAACCACCUGUAUUCCACUUGUCUUUGUACCAGAACAUCAUGUUAAGAACUAUAAGUACAUAAUCCUGAUUUUAAUAGAUAUUUCUUCUUUUAAAAUGUUUUCUGACUUUGGUUCGCAUUUAAUGUCGAAAUGUGUUUUGUUGUUAGUUUUGUUAGGGAUAUGUAUCUUGAAUCUUUUACAGUUGCAUUUUAAGGUGGAGUAAAGCUGACGGUUUCAA